AUGGCGAAGUUUGCAUUGAAGCACCCCCUAAUAAGAGCUCACAUCAUAACUUUUAUUGAAAAAGAGAUUAAUAAAGAGUGCCAGGAAAUGUGCAGGGAAACUGUAAAGGUUCAAGCUAGUGGCAAUGAUAUUCCUGUAGAAACAGAACCAAAAAGUAGAAGAGAUAUUUUUGCAUCUCCAUUGUCAACAUCAGGGAAAAGAAAGAUGUCAGAUGAUGACAACAAAGUUACAGGAACAAAGAAAUUUGUGAAAAAAGAUAUCCGCAGCAUAUUUAAAAGGACAAGCAAAGAGGAUGUGAUGUCGUUCACUUUUGAAAAAGCCAAUGGGGAGAUGAAAGACCGUUGUCCUUUGUUUUGGACUAUCUUAAGAGCAGCAUCUACACCACAUAAUUCUCAACCCAGAUCAGAGGAUGGUGAUAUUUAUUGGCAGACUUCAGUUGUGACUGCUGCAUCGAUAUGUCUGAAAAACAGAUCACAGAGAAUGACAGUUGUUCAGCUACUGAUUUCAUUGAUAAUAAACCACUCAUCGUACACAGUAAGUUAGUCUCUUAGUUUAUAUUAUUCAAUUAGAUUGAUUUGCUGUUCCAGUUAAAAAAAUAUGAAAAUCUAUUUUCAGCAAACAAUUAAAAAAAAUAUAUACAAUGGAUCAAAUUCCACAUGUACAGUCAGUAUAAAAUAGGAGUGUGCUAAUCUGUAUUUGCAGCUGACACCUGUGGAGGACAUAGCUCAAUGUGAUUGAGUUGAAAGCUUUCACAGGAUGCCAGACUGACUGUCAGCUGCCCACGGUAUGGAUAAAAUCAAGAAAUUAUAUUUAAAUUCGGUCUCGAUUUUAAUACGAAUCUUGGAUUUUCAAGUGUUUGGAUUUUUUUAUUCCUUUCAUAUUUUCCCAGUUUAAAACUGGUACAAUAUAUUUGCAGUGUGUUGUAUUAAAGUUUCAAUUUUUUUAUGGCAGAUGCUGACUUGGGAAUAUAAUGAUAUGUCGUUAAUAUAAAAAUAAGUUGCAUUGAUUGCAUACAUCAUGAUAUUUUCAGGUGUAACCGAUUACGAUUUACGAUGCCUUGAAGUGUAACAACCCUGCUUAAUUACAAAUAUUUUUUUGCAUAUUUUGAUUUUAAAACAUGUUUUAAUUUAAAAACUAUCUUUUAGUCAACACUGGUGCAACUGAAGACAAUGCGUUUAGCUGUGUCACAUACUUACUUCAAUAAGAAGUUAGAUGAAUUUGGUCAGGGGCAUGAUGAUGAUAUUCUUGAAAUGAUGGAACUACAAAAAAUAGAGCUACAGAAAGCAUUCCCCACAACAAAACAGCCUCAAGUAAUUGAAAUGGGAGUCGAUUCUGAUGAUGGCAAUUCCAGCUUGACAAAUGCAUCAAAUGCAAUUUUUGCUCAGCGACUUGCUUUGAUUGAAGAAAUACCACAUUCUGAUCUGGAAAUUAAUUUUUCUGUUCCUGUGAUGAAAAACUGCCCCCGUAAGUUUCUUAAUUCUAAUUUUAAUUAAAAAUGGCUUGCAUUGUAUACAGCGGUAUAAUAUAAAAGUGAUGAGUGAUAAAUCAUAAUUAUCGUACUGGCAACCUGUAUCCAGAAGUGGGAUAGUGGAUUCAUGAGGGAUACUAAAUUUUGAAUCUUGGUAUCUCAUUUGGAUACUAAGAAAAUAUAUAAAUUUCAGACCCUGCAACACUGUAGCAUGUGUUCCAGUCCAGUACACCGUUGUGUAAUGAUGAAUAGAUAGAAUUUAAUUAAUAAUUAACAUACCGGUAUUGCUUUAAGAAUCCAGUCCAGCUGUUCAGAGAUGUUCAAAGAAGUCAGAUGACAAAGAUAUUAACGACAUCAGAGAAGAAGUUGAUUCCAAAGGAUUUAAGGUCUGAAUUAUGUGGUUAUUUCAUUUUUUAGACAAUCAUUUUACUACACUAUUGUACAUGUAAUGUAGCUAGUGUUACAGUCAAGUAUGUAAUAUAUGAACAACGAGAGAGAGCGUUUCACCGGGAUAUCCAAACAUGAGAAAACAAUGUGUGGGGGCAUGAGCGCAAGUGUUUUCAUACAUUGUUUUCGAGUGUUUGGAUAUUCCGGUGAGACACGAGCUCGAGUUGUUUAUAUGACUUCUCAAAUGAAUCGAGACAUAACAGAAUGCUUUUGUUUGCUGAUUUGAAUAGAAUUUUUAACCAAGCAUAAUGUAAUUAGGAAUUCUAUUCAAGUAAUUUUGAAUUCGUAAUUAAGAUAUUUGAUGAAAACACUAGUGACUUUCAUCAAGUUUCACCGGGUUAUCCAAAUGGUAUCUUGUGAUCAAAUAGGUGAUUAUCAUUGGCUGAAUUGCUCAUGAAUUAUUAAUGAAUUUGAGAAGUGUGUAUACAACACUACAGUGUACAACACAUCUAACAACUAAUAGAAAUAACUUUUGUUUGAUAGGUCAUGGCUGAUGGGGGCCCCUAACUGUCGAGGGCCCCUUAGUUUUUUAACUAACCAUACCCAAUGAGCGUUACGCCACUGGUUAUGGGCAAGAAGCCAUUUGGAGUAAAUUUGUUAAAGUGUGACUAACCCCAAAUAUGAUUUUUGGUAUGUCUAAUAUUCGGGUCAUUCAAAGAAGAAAUGUGAUAUAUCUUCAUAAUAAAAAAUUCCAUCUUGAUCAACUUUUUCAGUGUCAAAGUUUUCGGAUAUGAUGUCAUUAGGUGAAUUUUUGGUACAAAACUAAUUUGCAGUUCACCUAAUAACAUCAUAUCAGGAAACUUUGAUAGUUCUAUAAGGUUGAUCAAGUUGGUCGGUUUGUGUACGAUUGUUUUAUUUUGAAGGUUUUUAUUAAACCUAAAAUCCUUUUAAAUUUCAGCUAUGUUUUGACAAUGUUGACACACAUGUUGAAGUACACGAUAUGACAGAAGGCAACCAAAACAUAGAUACACAUGAAUGUGUUAUUUCCUUUGUCCCAAAUCGUGUUAGCAACAAGGCUCUCAGUAUGGAUGCACCGAAGAGAUGCUUAAAGGAUUUUGACAAUGCCAACUUCUUAUGCAACCAAGAUGAGUGUAAUCUGCAACGUGAAAACUACAUAGUGUUGGUUGAAAGAAUAAUUACAAGUGAUAUAAAGAGCCUCCACUUUCUAAAUGAUGUGGUCACCAAGCAUAUCAUCCAUGCACAUUCAAGGGAAAUGGCACAGAAAUGCCACAUGGUAUGUAUAUCCAUUAAUUAAAAUUGAACUUCUACAAAAAAUAUUUCCAAAUUUUCCAACAAAUUUCCUUUGGCAGAUGAUUUCAUAGUCUAUGUUCCAGUCUACUACACCAUUGUACGACUGGAACACAGGCUAAUGAUUCCAUGGCAUAUAGAUGCAUGUUAGAUUUAGUUUAGUUUUUUUCUUGUAGAAUUUCCUUGAUGUCUUGCAUGCAGAUGAAAAUGAUAAAGAUGGCAUUAGUAAGAUAUUGACAAGCCUGCAGAAUUAUCAAGCUUUUGUUGGUGAUGAUGAACUGAGAGUUUACAAUGAACAGGGCGUUGUUGGUGAUCAACUCUCUGUAGAAAGGGGAACAAAUUCACAGUUUCAUUUGGCUAAUGGUUUUACACCACAGGAGAGAUUUGAAAACAUGCACUUUGAAAUUGCUGGUUUCCACUCGGAAAUGAAAUUUAUGCAAGUACGUGUGUAUAUGCGAGUGUAUAUUAAAUCAUGGGGUAAACAAAACUGGAAUAGCCAUAUUCCCCCUAGCAAGAGUUCCAUUCCGCUACACAUCUGUAUGUGGACUGAACACAGGAUAUACAAUCUUCCUUCUAAACGGAGAUAUUUUUUUUAAGAAAGUGGUACUUUCCUCUUUCGAACGAAGAUCUACGUCAUCUAUCUUUUUGUCCAAAUGAUAACCGUACACUAAUGAUAACCGAGAAAGUUUAGUAGAACCCAUUUUUUGAAUACAUUCUAAUUAGCCUUUCUCAGGCUAAGUUUAGCCGCAAUUUUUGGGGUACUUCUCCCAAUUUCGAGAGUGUAGUCGCUGUAUUUGGGUGUGUAGUGGCAAAUUUACAGAUUUGCAAAGUCGUUUUUCACAUUGUUUCAAUAUAGAUUUUCUGAAGACAGCAACAUCUAAAAUGGUAGAUAUUGGCCUGUGUGAGAAAGGUUAAUUAUUCAAUUUUAACCCCAUCUACAGUGUACAGCAGUACGCAUGACAUAACGAUUUACCAGCCUAGACCUAGGCCUUCUAUUUUUAUUUAUAUUUUUUAAUAUUCAGCGUUGUUUCACAUGAAAAGACUGGGACUAGGUGAUUUGGGGGCGGGGCGGAGGAAGGACACAAGCCUGACGCAAGCGAAAAUAUAGAAGGCCUAGUGGAUUUCCCAACAACAAGGCCAAAACUGCCCUGAAACUGCCCUGAUUGCGAAAUGCACAAUUGUUGCGUUCUCAAACAGAAUUAUUUGCAACUUAACAGCGAAUUUAAACCGAUACAGGUAAAAUAAACUCAUUAAUAGUAUAAACUUACUAUUUUUAUUUGUAUACACGUCUAGAAAAUCGGGUUUUUUAUCAUAAAGCUUGAAGCAACACUAUAUAUUUAUAUAUGUUGACAAAGUGUAGCGAAACGGCACAAAAUAAUAAUUCUUUUAUUCGUUAGACAAUCUACUGUUUUGCUUUGAAUAACUAUAUUUGCGAAUUGCGAAUGAGGAUUUUGAAAUUAUUGUUCAAAUAUUACGGAUAUACCAUUUGUAAACAAUGUACGUUUUUAUAUACAGUAGCUACUGUACGGGCUAAUAAUAUAUGUAUCCGUUUUAUUUUGUAUAUUUUACAAACACAAGACUGCUUCUUGCCAAAAUUAAGAAAAUAUAUAUUAAUGUAGUUGUGUAUAAGUGAGACAAAAUUUCAUGAAAGAUUCUACUUUUGGUAUAUAUUUUGACUCAUUUUGUGCUUUCGCUACACCUUGUCAACAUAUUAAAUAAUAGUGUUGCUUCGAACUUUAUGAUAAAAACCCCGAUUUUCUAGACGUGUAUACAAAUAAAAAUAGUAAGUUUAUACUAUAAAUGAGUUUAUUUUACCUGUAUCGGUUUAAAUUUGCCGUUAAGUUGCAAAUAAUUCUGUUUGAGAACGCAAUAAUUGGGCAUUUCGCAACCAGGGCAGUUUCAGGGCAGUUUUGGCCUUGUUGUUGGGAAAUCCACUAGGCCUUCUAGGCUUGCUUCCUCCGCCCCGCCCCCAAAUCACCUAGUCCCAGUCUUUUCAUGUGAAAAAGCGCUGAAUAUUAAAAAUGUAUAAAUAAGACUAGAAGGCCUAGGUCUAGGCUGACGAUUUACCUUAAAAUUGAAGACACCAUUUUUUCACACUUGCUACAAACGAACAAAAAAUAACAGUUCAACUGGGCCAAUAUUUAUAAUUUUGAAAUUUUCAUUUUAAUUAAAUCUAGCUUGUAUGGACAAUUUCUACAGAACUGGUUGCAACGAUCGCUGCACAUUGGGUAGUGACAAAGUUUUAAUUAAUCGACGUAAUGUGGUAACUGAAGUCAAGAAAAGGUAUACGCUGCCAGCAGAAAAUUUCUGGAGGUGGGGCUUGAGUCGAGAAUAUUAGCUGCCACGUUAACAUCUUUGCGUAUAAAUAGUUUGGAUGACACGCCGGAUGAAACUGUUCUUCCAGGUGAUUUACAGAAUGCAAGCAAGCCAGAUAAAAAGAGGUACCUAAGGAACUUAGCUGAAACAGUCGUCGAUAAUUUCGUGCGAAAUAAAGAAACAGUCGCUCAAGCGUUACAAGCAAAAGUGGACUUAGAAGAACAGAUUUCUAAACUUGUUAAAACUAGCGAUGGAAAGUUUAAAUGCCAAGAGCCGACUUGUACCAAGACCUUUCAAUUUAACGGAAAGCGAAAGAGAGACCAUGAACAGAAAGCACAUGGUAUAGUAAGGACGGUAGUUACGAAAGCAUUUAAUGAUACUGAUGAUAUGUUCAACUACCAAUGUUCGUUGUUGGAGUAUUUAAUGCUCUUGAGAAAUUUUACGGUUGCAGUGUCGGAGGGAGAUGGAGCUCGUAUUAUACGUUGCUGGAAGUUUCUUCUGCUGUAUUUAAAAGCAGAUGGUGCUUCAAGUCGGAAGUAUUGCUUGGAAGGACUCUAUCUUCUGUGCCAGAUCAAUUGCCUGUUGUCGCAAAGGGAAGCUUAUCGCUUGGUGUGGAAUCGUAGUGUAAAGAGAAAGACAGGCCGUGGUGGCAACAUUCCUAUCGAUUUAGCUAUGGAGCACUAUAUCCGCAUUGUUAAACUGCUCAAGAGAAAGCUGGGUUCUAAUCAGAACAACAAAAAUACUCUUCGACGAUACAUGAAGGCAAUUGGAUUCUCAAAGGGUUUACUUGAAAAUUUCGAUGAAUCGACUGGAAUAAUCCAGAGGUCUGGAAAACAUACCAAGAAGUCAACUGCAAGUGACAAGGCUAAAAUUGUGGAAGAGCUGAUGAAUUGCAGAGCAUUUAUUCCUGAGCCAAAAAGAAAAUAUGGUGUAUUCAAAGAUUUUAAACCAAGCCUGCUUACAGACUUUGAUUAUCACAGUUUUUAUGACUGGAUAGAUCAGCAUAAAAACGAUGUACAGAAGAAAAGAAAGGCACGUUGUCCUGCAAAUAAUUGUAUAUACUGCACAGAACACACAUCCAUGAACAGGUUUUGUCAUUGUUUUUUAAGUGACCAGUGUUCAUCUAGCUUGUGUUCAAGUCCACUGCACCGUUGUGUGUGUGGUGUAGUGGACUGGAACACAGGCUAGUGUUUGUCAUUCCUUAUUUAGAAAUACAAUUUCUAUGGUUUAUCUUUAGUGGUCAUAUUCAACCAAUUGCAAAACCUGUUAAUACGUUAUAUGGGUAGGAGCAGACCCUUUGCAUCGUAUGCUUAUGUUUUAUAAGUUGAAUAAUAUUGCAUACAAUGCUUGUGAUGUUACUAUGAGUGUAUAUCCACACCGGGCAAGCUUGAAAAAUAUGCCUGACCACGGUGGGAAUCAAACCUACGACCUUUGGAAUACUAGCCCAAAGCUCUGCCAACUGAGCUACGCGGUUUGGUCGGUUCGAGUAUGUGAUAUUUCGGAAUAGAAUCUAGUUCCUUCGAUAUCAAUGUUAUCUAAUAAUAAUCAUGAACACAGAAAAAUCAUGAUUAAUAUUGCAUACAAUUUGCAACUAAGAUAAAAUUUUAAAAAAACAUUUCAUUGCAUAAUCUUUUAUACAUGUUUUCAUUUGUACAUAUGGCGCACCAAAACAGUUUUGACAAUCAAUUUUGAAUUAAUGAUUGUGUCAUCUGGCAUAUGUAAUAAAAUGUGCUAUUUAUUAGAAUAUACUUUAAAUUUCAAAUGUAUUUACGACUUCCGAGUUAUUGUCUUGUCUAAAUAGAAUAAUCAUUUCACCAAUUCAUUUGUUUAA